CGACUGACGUCAUGUUGGCGCCUCAAGCCUCAGGCGGGGAAUCCAUAGCUGGCAUCCCCGACUCGCGCAACAGGUUUCUGGCCCAAUUCACUUGACGCUCUGACUCCUAAUUCGCCUUUUUGUAUUCUUGUCUUGUCACCCGAUCCCCCGUUACACAUAAAUAGCGCCGUCUCCCCUCAUGCGCCGUAUAAAGCGGACUUCCAACGACCACUCCUCCACUUCCCACCACUCCUCCCUUACUCCUCCUGAUUCUCGAGCUUCACUCCAUACAAAAACACCAUCUGUUCCAGGCGCCCGCGCUGCCAGACGAUACUCGGACCUCCAAUCUAUACCCCAAGCCGAGCCUGUGCUUGACUUCAGCGCCACGAACAGCACCAGUCACAGCACUUGCCAGCUGACCCCCGAGCCCAACCUCGACGACCUCCCUCACCGCAUCGGUCUCCACAUCUUCAACCACUUUGGACGACACCACAGCUACGCCGUCCCCGUACGCGCAAAGAGCCUCUCACCACCUGCUAUCCUAGGAGACUUUUCAGCAGCAGCCCAGCACUCCCUCUCAGCCCCUGUCAGCGCGCGCUCCACCCCAAGCCCCCUCCUUUAUCCGGAUACCAACAGCAACACCUCCAAACCGAGUCUAUUCAACCGCGUCGUCUCGAAUACCUUUGCCCGCUCAAACACUGACCCCCCGCUCGCCACACCCCGCGCCUUGGAAUCCUGCAGAUCGCGCUCGUUCGGCAGUAGUACGUCGGUCUGCUACAGCCCAAUCACCUCCAUCUCCCGCGCCUCCUCGUACGACCGUCCAGCCCUGAUCCUCCGCCUCGGCCGGCCCUCAAAUCCGACCCCGUCCUCCGGCUACUCGACCUGGAACACCUCGCUCUCGUCGCAAUUCUUCGGGCCCGUACCGCAGGACGCACAGCUGCGCAAGGACCGCUUGAAACACUCGUCUGUCCGCAAGCUCGGGAGGUCGCAAAAGGCUAUCCGCAGACAACUGCAGCGUCAGCGCCAGCCGAAGCCGCCACUACCGGAGCCGAUCCCGCUGCUCGAGGAGAAGAAGAAGUCGACGAGGAACUUUGCGAGAUUCAAGACUUGCAAGAAGGCUAGACUACCGACUCCGCACGCAGACCGCAAGACACCCACUUCCACACCGACUUCCACUUCCACACCGACUUCCACUUCCACACCUCAAAGCCUAAGCAAAAUGACAACAACAACAACAACAACCCACAAAAAACCCUCCCUCCUCUCCCGCCUCACCGCCUCCACCCCACGCCGCUCCCCGCGCAACACCGCAAAGCGCACUACACACCACAACCCAUCCGGCACAUCAACAACCACAACAACCACCACCACGACAAAAACAACAAAGAAGAAGACCCACGGCACGACUGGAACUGGAACGGCAGUCACACAACACCACCACAAGCGCAAGCCGAGUAUGGGCGACAAGGUGUCUGGCGCGCUGACGAAGUUGAAGGGCAGUGUUACGGGGAAGCCGGGGGUUAAGGCGGCGGGGACGAGGCGGAUGCGGGGGACGGAUGGGCGGGGGGCGAGGGGGUGAUGUUGGAUGUCAUGAGGUGAUUGUGGAUGUGGUGAGGUGAUUGUGGAUGUCAUGAGGUGUGGAUUUGGGGUGCGUAAUUGUGCGGGUGGUUAUUUGGGUGGUGGAUGGGUGUGUUGAGGAUGAAUGGGUGGAUGGGUGGAUGGUUGAUGUGUUUAUGACUUGAUGAUACCACUAUUAUUCACUGUUUAUUGGUUUCUUACACUCGUGUGCUUGUGUGCUCGUGUGAUUGUGUGCGACAGUGCUUCCGUACAGCCAUGAAGUGGAAAGGCGCAUGGCGGAAAGGGGGAUGUGAUGUAGUAAGUUAGUAGGUAG